AUGUCCUGCCAGCAGAACCAGCAGCAGUGCCAGCCCCCUCCCAAGUGUCCCACGCCCAAGUGCCCCCCCAAGUGCCCCCCCAAGUGCCCCCCAGUCUCUUCCUGCUGCGGCUCCAGCUCUGGGGGCGGCGGCUGCUGCAGCUCUGGGGGCGGAGGCUGCUGCAGCUCUGGGGGCGGCGGCUGCUGCCUGAGCCACCACAGGCGACGCAGUUCCCACCGUCACAGACACCAGAGCCCUGGCUGCUGCAGCCAGCCCUCGGGGGGCUCCAGCUGCUGUGGAGGGGGCAGCGGUCAGUCGUCUGGAGGCUGCUGCUGAAGUGGACCCUGAGCCAAGGAGCGCAGGCUUGGGGACAGCGAGUGGCCAAAGCCCUCCUCCUGUUCCUGCUCCCCCUGCUGGGCCUGCCCAAGGGGCUGAGGGGUCUGAGUGCAGCCUUGAGUUCUGGCCCAGAGGAUCCCUGUGCCCUGGUGCCCAGAAGCCACAACCCCUCCCCCAAACCCAUUUACUCACCUCCUCCCCCAUAUGUGUGGCUGCCCUGGGAACCCAAAGCACAGACCCUAGGUCCUUCAGAGCUUACCUUGUUGUAAACCCAGCCUGAUGUGAAAUAAUAAAACUAGACAUCUUCA